UCGCUCUCUCGCUCGCGAGCAGGACAGUGGGGAGGGCUCGCUGCCUCCCUCCCCAACCCCGCCGGCGACCCAGUCCGCCGCAAUGGGCCGUCGGCACCGUCGUGCCUCGCCCGCACUGGCCAGCCCGCCCCUCCCUCCCUCCACCAAGAUGCUCCGCCGCCGUGGGCCGCCAGCAGCCGCCGGCGCCACCGUGCCUCGCCUACUCCUGCAGCUGUGGAGCGGCGGCGCUCCAUUCCGGCCUGGAGCCACGGCGAGCGGCGAUGCUACGUUCCGGCCUGGAGCCGUGGCAGAGCUCGAUUCGUGCAACAUGAUGGCCUGCAGCGGCAGGGGAGCUCCUGCAAUUAGAGGGUGGCAAGAACCUGCAGCGUGCGCCCCCAGAGGGACGCGCGCGGGCGUGCAAGGGUCGCGGCGGCCGACGGUGCUCCGGCAGCACCGGCCAUGGUUGCUCAGCGAGAAGAAGAGAGGGCACAGGAGAAGAGAGAGGAAAAUGAGAACACGGAUUGGAUCCAAUCCAUUGUGUUGGAUUGUGUAAGGGUAAAACGGGAAGUUUAGAUGUAAGAGAUUAUAACAGGUCUGAUCUUGAGAAGCCCAUUACAGAUCCAGGGGUGUGGCAAUGCUCCAUUUGCACUCAUGAAAAUGAUACGAGUAAUUUAUCCUGUGAGCUAUGCGGCGUACUUCGUGAUCUGUCGCUAUAUUUCAAUAAUAGCUGUGAAGCUGAAGCUGGAGUUACUUUCCAUCCUGAAUUCUAGCUAAGUGCAGAAGCAAGUAUUCUGGAGUAUCCGUACUGGCAAGAUCUCUUUUUACAACAUCUAAUACAAAAUCAAAGGCUAUUAUUUUCUCUGAUGGCUCCCAAGAGAAUACAAAUGCAACAGGGAAUAAGCAAGCUACCAUGUAUGAUCUGCAUAAGACAUACAUGCCCAGCAAAAAGCGCCACAUUAACAUAGUGCCUUUCAAGUUUGAUAUGCCAUCUCCUGAUGACAUGGUUACUACAGGCUUAAAAUCAUCAGUAAAUCUUAGAAAAGAGGUUCAAAUUAAAGAUUCAGUUGAUGCCACUGGAAAGAAGAUGAUGGAUAGUGGUAUUCUUCAAACUGAAAAGGAUACAAGUAUGGAUCCAAGUACAUCAGCUGAGGCGGAUAAACUUGGCGGAACUAGUAGCAGUGUUCCUUCCAGUAAUCAACAUGUAACUCCUAUUUUGGACUCUGAGCUACAGCAUUUGAGUUUGGAGAGCAAGCCGAAGAGCAGUAAACCCAAGAAUAAGAAACCAGCUUCUAUUUCAGAGUACAAGCCAGAACCAUGGGUGCUCCCGAGUGAAGAUAAAGAAAUGCACAGACAGAUAAAUCUUGCCGUUGUUGGUCAUGUUGAUUCUGGGAAAUCAACUUUAUGUGGUCGAUUACUACAUGCUCUGGGAUUGAUUUCAAAAAAGCAAAUGCAUAAAUAUGAGAAAGAAGCUAAAGAAAAGGGGAAAGGAUCAUUUGCAUAUGCUUGGGCCAUGGAUGACAGCACUGAUGAGAGGGAGCGUGGAAUUACAAUGACUGUGGCUGUGAAGUACUUUGACACUGAAAAAUACCAUGUAGUUUUGCUCUACUCCCCUGGUCAUAAAGAUUUUGUUCCUAAUAUGAUAUCUGGUGCUACACAAGCUGAUGCAGCUGUCCUAGUUGUUGAUGCAUCCAUAGGCUCAUUUGAAGCAGGCAUGGGUGUUAAUGGGAUUGGUCAGACAAAGGAGCACUCACAACUUAUUAGGAGCUUUGGUGUUGAGAACUUGAUAGUUGCUGUUAAUAAGAUGGAUAUGGUAGAAUAUUCGAAGGACCGGUUUAAUUUUGUGAAAUCGCAACUUGGUAUCUUCCUUCGAUCUUGUGGGUUCAAAGACUCUUCAAUCACCUGGGUUCCUCUGAGUGCAAUGGCAAACGAAAACUUAAUGACUGCUGCUUCAGAUUCUCGUCUUUUGUCAUGGUACAAUGGAAAUUGUCUGCUGAAAUCCAUUGACUUAUUGCCUCCUCCUCAUCGUGAUAUUUCGAGGCCACUACGCCUUCCAAUUUGUGAUGUUAUUGCAUCUAUCACACUGGGGCAGGUGGCAGUUUGUGGUAAAGUCGAGGCUGGUGGAAUCCGGACUGGCUCUAAGGUUCUUGUCAUGCCAUCCGGAGACUUGGCUACAGUUAAAACCAUCGAGCGGGAUUCCUCUAGUUGCAACUUGGCAAGAGCCGGGGACAACAUUGCUGUUGGUCUGCAAGGGAUGGACCCUAGUCACCUUGUGUCAGGUGGAGUUAUAUGCCAUCCAGAUUUCCCCGUGCACGUUGCUUCUCGCUUGGAGCUGAAAAUUUUGGUUCUAGAAAUCACUACGCCAAUACUGGUUGGACUCCAGUUUGAACUGCACAUACAUCAUGCGAAGGUGUCUGCAAGCUUGGUUAAAAUACUGUUGUUGUUGGACCAGAAGACCGGCAAGGCCUCAAAGAAAAUGCCACGCCUGCUCACCGCGAGGCAGGCUGCUAUAGUUGAAGUAAAGCUGGACAAGGAAGUCUGCGUGGAAGAGUUCAGAGCUCUGAAGGCCCUUGGUCGAGUGUUCCUGCGGUCUCGUGGCAACACCGUUGCAGUGGGCAUUGUGACCCGAAUUCUGGACGAGGCUUAG